AUGGCUAUUAUCGUCAAGCAGAAUUCCAUCAUUAUUAAAUGUUCAAAUCCAUCGAACGAUGUUGAAUCUAUUACAUGCAUGGCAGUUGAAUCAAAUGCAAAACACUAUCCUGUUAGUAUGAUCUGGCUUUAUUCAAAUGAUUCCAAUCUGUCAAAAGAUGAAUUUAUGCCAUCCGAUCAAUUACAAACUACUCUAUCGGAUAUUCUCAAUUAUUUUCCUAUACUGGCUGGUCGUGCUACAGAAGAUAAUAAAGGCAAUGUCACUAUGCAUUUGACAAACGAAGGUGUUCUUUAUACUGAAGCAGAAUGUACAAAUUGUUCUUUAGAUUAUUUCAUACCACGGACGUUUCCAAAUGAAGAUUUCGACUAUGAACAUAUUAAUACAAGUGAUUUAGCUGUAAAAUUAAACAUGAAUAGUACAGGUCCUUGUGUGUCGAUACAAGUAACGCGUCUGCAGUGUAAUAGCGUUAUUCUUAAUGUAUCGAUUCAUCAUUAUUUAGUAGAUGGACAAAGUACAUCAGAUUUUGUCAAUGCAUGGGCAUCUGGAAAGCUACCACAACCGAUGCCGAUGUUCGAUAAAACAUUUAUCCUAUAUCCUACUGAAGAAGAACAACAACAAAGAAUAAAUUCUUCAAUUCGACCAAAAGAUUGUGUUUUUAAUCGAAAUUUGAAUCGUUUAGCUAGUUCAGCAUUCAUUAGUGCACAAGAACAACGUGUAAUUAGCAAAGUUUAUUUUUUUUCUGCUGAAGAAUUAAAAAAUCUUAAACAAGAAGCCUCAAAAGACUUACCAAAAUCACAAGAUUACAUCAGUACAUAUGAUGCACUUUAUGCUCAUAUGAUUUUAGUGAUUGCUGCAGCUACUCAAACUUCAUUAACGGAUAAUAUUAAAAUUCUACAAUCAUUAAAUGGUCGAUCAAGUUUUUUGUCAUAUUGUUCAUCAGCUGUUCUCAAUUAUUUUGGUUCAUUUGCAUUUUGGCUCUAUUCUAUAAUACCAUCAGAUCAAGAACCAACUCUUUCAUCAUUAGCACAACAAAUACAUGAGAUAUAUUCAAAACAAUCCGAAUAUUCGCUCAGAGAAUAUAAUACCUAUUUAAUGAGUGGUGAUGGUGAUAUUAACAGAAAUCAAGUAGAUGGAGAUAUAAUUAAUCGUGAUUUUCAUUGUGCAUCAUGGCGAAAAGGAAAUUUGUUAGGUGUUAAAUUUGGUAAUAGUGGAUUUCCUGUCUACAGUGGACCAACAAAACAAAUCUAUCCAAGAUAUUUUCCAAUGAUGGAUACACAUUUAAGAGAUGGAUCGAUUAAUAUUUUAUUAGGAUUAAGAGAGCAAGAUUAUCAACGAAUGAUGGAACAAAAUAUGCUACAUAAAUAUCGAUAA